GACGACAGCAGCGGGUGCUUCAGCGAGGAGAAUCUUGUGGCCUGCGUGCUGGACCUGUUCUUUGCGGGCACAGAGACAACGUCCACAACCCUCCGCUGGGCUUUGCUCUACAUGGCUGCGUACCCAGAAAUUCAAGCGCGUGUGCAAGCGGAGCUGGAUGCUGUAGUGGGGCAGACGCGGCAGCCAGGCCUGGAUGACCAGGCCAGCCUGCCCUACACCAACGCGGUGGUCCACGAGGUGCAGAGGUUCAGCAAUAUCCUCCCUGUUGGCGUUCCCCGGAUGACCACGCGGGACACCCUGCUCGGGGGCUUCCUCGUGCCCAAGGGCACCCUUCUGAUGACCAGCUUGAACUCAGUGCUCAUGGACAAGGAGUGGGAAACCCCUGAUGCUUUUAACCCCGAGCACUUCCUGAAGGACGGCCAGUUCUGCAGGAGAGAGGCCUUCAUUCCAUUCUCCCUAGGGAAGCGCACCUGCCCAGGUGAGCAGCUGGCCCGCGCCGAGAUCUUCCUCUUCUUCACGGCCCUGCUGCAGAAAUUCACCUUCCGGAUGCCGCAGGACACCGUGCCCAGCCUCAGCUACCGCCUGGCUAUUACUCGCCAACCCCAGCCCUACCGCAUCUGCGCCCUGCCGCGUUAG